AUGCAGGAAGAAACAAAUGAUUCGGAGGGAAUUAACAAUUCCGAUGAUAUAUGCAAUAGUUUUCCUCAUAAGCCUGAACCUGUGAAUGGAGAAAGCUCGGUAACUGUGCAGCAAACACCAUCCUUAUCAAAGAAUGCAUUGAAAAAACUUCUAAAGCGUCAGCAUUGGGAGGAAACACGUGAUGCUCGCAAGGCAGCUCAGAAAGAGAAGGAUAAGAAGAGAAAGCUCGAAAAGAGAAGAGCCAUUGAAUUAGGCCUCAGGCCUCCACCCAUUAAAAAAACCAAAGUUCAACAGAUUGCCAGCGAAAUGAAGGUUGUUAUCGAUUUAUCCUUUGAUACAAUGAUGACCGAUGUGGAAAUCAAGUCCGUAACUUCACAGUUGGCUCGAUGUUACUCAGCCAAUCGUUCAACCACGCGUCCGGUUAAUUUAUUUUUUACAUCAUACGGAGGUCGUGUUCAAGAGCGGUUUAAUACUAAACUUCAAGAUCAUGCCAAUUGGAAGCAGGUUGUUUUCGAUGAUCGACCUUAUCUGGAAUGUUUUAACAAAGAAGACUUGAUCUAUUUAACUGCCGAUGCAACAGAAACAUUAAACGCGCUGGACGAAGGUAAAGUUUACAUAAUUGGUGGAAUCGUGGAUAAGAAUCGACACAAGAACAUAUGUUUUGACAAAGCAAAAAAAGAGGGAAUAGCGACAGCUCAGUUGCCCAUCGGAAGUUACAUUCAAUUAUCAACAAGGAAAAUAUUAACCAUAAAUCACGGCAAGUAA